CACAUACUGCUUCACCAAGAUGGAGAGAUUUGCUGGAACCUGGCGGCUAGUGGAAAGCAAGAAUUUUGAUGAAUACAUGAAAGGUCUUGGAGUAGGAUUUGCUACCAGACAAAUUGGAAACGUUACCAAACCUACAACUAUAAUUAGCUUGGAUGGGGACAAAGUAAAGGUGCAGACACAAAGUACUUUCAAAAAUACCGAGGUCAGCUUCAAACUCAAUGAGGAAUUUGACGAGUGCACUGCAGAUGAUAGGAAAUGCAAGUCUUUUGUAACUAUAGAAGAUGGGAAAAUGAAACAUGUCCAGAAGUGGGAUGGUAAAGAGACCAUACUAAUAAGGGAGGUUGAUGGAGACAAACUAGUACUGACUUUAACCUUGGGAGAUGUAGUCAGCACACGUCACUACGAGAAAGCCUAAGGACCAGCCACAUUAUUUGUCUAUUACGUGUUUUAUUUGAUUAACGUCAGUUGCGUAUUUGCCAACAGAAGCCUUGAUAUUGAUCCUUUUUGUACAAUUACAAAGAACUAACAGUUUGAAUUCAAGAACUCUCCUCAAUGGAAAAGCCUUCACAUCAGUAUUACAGCCUUUUCUUGAUCCUAAAUGCAGCAUUUCAAUAUACAACACAAUGUACUCAGACUAAAGAAACUGGUGCUUUCCAUAACCAUGGCACUUGUUUUGUUUCUGUUCAUAUUUUUGUAUUGUUUUACACACUAUGUUCAUAUUGCAUUAUGAAACUAGGGUAAAUGUUAUGCCUUAUUUUGUUUGGGUGCCCUGAAUAAAAGGAAAAAUGUCA